AUGGAUAGAAGUCCACGUUUUGAGUUGAGGAAGGGUCCAUGGACACCGGAGGAAGAUGAAAAGCUCGUCUCUUACGUAAAAAAAUACGGCCACGGGCGGUGGAAACAUGUCGCUAACGCCGCCGGGUUGAGGAGGGGUGGUCGGAGUUGCAGAUUGCGAUGGACUAAUUACUUGAAUCCACACAUUAAGCGCGGCCCCUUCACUGAAGAGGAAGAUGACUUGAUUAUCAAGCUUCAUUCUGUUCUUGGGAAUAAGUGGUCAAAGAUUGCAGCUGAUCUACCAGGAAGAACAGAUAAUGAGAUUAAGAAUUAUUGGAACACAAAUUUAAGGAAGAAGCUUCUACAAAUGGGUAUUAAUCCAGUUACUCAUAAGCCAAGAAAUGAUCUUAAUCUCUUAGCUAAUCUCUCUCAACUUCUUUCAACCACCCCACAAAAUUUAGGGUACAACCCUUUAGCUAAUUGGGACAUCAAUAAUGCCCUUACUAUACAACCAAACGUUGUGGCCGAAGUAGCCAAACUACAAGUCUUACAAAACAUUUUCCAAAUCCUUAACACAAGCAAUAAUUCAUCAUUAUCUCUUCCAAAUAUACACCAAAAUAUGGCAUUAAACUUAGGAUUAAUUCCUAAUGUUAAUGGUAUUAUUGGCAAUAAUAAUAAUCAAGGGUUUUAUCAAGCUCCAAAUUACGGUCCAAACCAAAUAAUAGUUGAUCAUAAUAAUAAUAAGUAUGAUUAUACACAAGAAUUGUAUAAUACAAGUUUGGAUACUAAUCAUAAUAAGAGUUUAAGUAGUACUACUAGUACAACUUUUGAAACCCUAGAGGGUUCAACUAUUAACCAAAUUGAGAGCAACACAAACUCCACAGCAACUGCUGACUUGUUUGAAGGUUGGGAAAAGCUUUUAGAUGAUGGUGAUAGUGACUUUUGGAAAGAAUUCAUUAAUUAACCCGGCAGUAAACUUCGUGGUGCAUGGGCAGCAUGGAGGACGUAUACAUUACCGUGAGAUUCAAGAGAAAUGGGUUGAUCUGAGUUAAACACUUUAUAAGAAAAAUUGUUUCAAAUUCUUUUUUAUUUAAUUUUUUGGGUAUAUUACGGGGUGAUUGAACAUAUGUAUAAGGCAUACACAUUUGUAUAAAGCUUUACGGGUCGGAUCAAAUUUUUCAUUGUUUAAUUAGUAGAGAAUGUUGUCACAUUAUGAUUGAGUUUAUUGUACACAUAAAAGUAUAUAGAUCGAAUACACACUACAAGAAAUGGUACUAUUAACGACGGGAAAUCCCGUCGCGAAAGGCCAAUAAUCGUUGAUUAACGACGGGAUUUCCUGUCGCGAACCCGUCAUAAAAGGGGGCCGUCGUUAAUAGAAAUCCCGUCGUAAAUUUGUCGUAAACCCGUCGUAAAAGACAUUUGCGACGGUUAUUCCUGUCAUUGUUUGGUUGUUAGCCCCGUCGCAAAAGGCUUUUGCGACGGAAUUUUUGAC